UUUGCAGCCUCAGAAACAUGAAUGAUUGUCCCAAAAUAAAACAUUAUAAUUGAGUUCAGUACAGUUUUUUUUGUUCAAACUCUCAGAGUUUUCUCAUAGUCUUUGCUCCUUUUAAAGCCAUGUACUGUAUACACAUCUGAUAAAAAAAAGCUAUUCUGCCAGUUUAUUUCUGUGUUUCACCUAAAGAAAAAGAAUAAAGAAACGAUAUGGAGAGGCCAAGAGCUUCUCCGUCUCCCUUGACUGAUCUGGAGCCAUUAAGCGAACGUAGGUCCCUUGAGAUCUUUAGCCCACUAAACGGGUCAUCUUCGUCAAAGCCUCACCAUGGCAACAACAACAAAGGUAGCAGUAGUAAGUGGAUGGAGUUUCAUGAUUCUGCAAAGAUAGUAGAGAGAACUGCUGAGUGGGGAUUAUCAGCUGUUAAGCCGGACACAGGAGAAGAUGGCAUCAGUUUCAAGGUGUCCAGUGAAGUGGACCGAAGCAAGAUGUCUAGGAGGUCAUCCGAAGAAUCAUCAGCUUCUGAAUCUGGAGCCUUCCCUAGAGUAUCCCAGGAGCUCAAAACCGCUCUUUCCACGUUGCAGCAGACCUUUGUUGUCUCUGACGCCACACAGCCAGACUGUCCCAUAGUUUAUGCCAGCAGUGGAUUCUUCACCAUGACAGGCUAUUCUUCCAAGGAGAUUGUUGGAAGAAACUGCCGGUUUCUGCAAGGGCCAGAGACAGACAAGAAAGAGGUUGUCAAGAUCAGAGAUUGUGUCAAAAAUGGGAAAAGCUACUGUGGAAGGCUCUUAAACUACAAGAAGGGUGGAACACCCUUCUGGAAUCUUCUCACACUCACUCCUAUCAAGGACGACCAACGCAACACCAUUAAGUUCAUUGGGAUGCAGGUUGAAGUAAGCAAAUACACAGAAGGCGUAAACGAUAAAGAACUGAGGCCUAAUGGACUCUCCAAAUCCCUCAUCCGAUAUGAUGCUCGCCAGAAGGAGCAAGCUUUGGAUUCUAUCACAGAGGUUGUGCAAACAAUAAAAUAUCGCAAGUCUCAAGUUCGGAACUCCGUGAGCAAUGAUAUUUUGGUGAAGCCUGAUAGUGCUACUACACCUGGUGGACAAGCUAUACAAUCAGCGAGGUCAAAGAGCAAAUCACUUAGCUGGAAUAAAAAGCAUGAUGAUGUACCUAGUGUGGAGCCUGAAGAAUUAAUGUUGAGCACAGAAGUAAUAGAACCGAGGGAGAGUUGGGAACGUUUAGAAAGAGAAAGGGAUAUACGCCAAGGGAUUGAUCUAGCUACCACUCUUGAGCGCAUAGAGAAGAACUUCGUCAUCAGUGAUCCUCGUCUUCCUGAUAAUCCCAUUAUAUUUGCAUCAGACAGCUUUCUUGAAUUAACUGAGUAUACACGUGAGGAAAUAUUGGGAAGAAACUGUCGAUUUCUUCAAGGGCCAGAGACAGAUCAAGCUACUGUCCAGAAGAUAAGAGAUGCAAUUAGAGAUCAAAGGGAGAUAACUGUCCAGUUGAUAAACUACACUAAGAGCGGAAAGAAGUUCUGGAACUUAUUCCACUUGCAGCCUAUGCGUGAUCAGAAGGGAGAGCUUCAGUACUUUAUCGGUGUGCAGCUUGAUGGAAGUGAUCAUGUGGAACCCCUCAGAAAUCGUUUGUCUGAGAGAACAGAGAUGCAGAGUUCUAAACUGGUGCGUUGUUUCAUCUACUUCUCUUUUCCAUCAAAGGAUAAUUAUCACAUUGAUUAUAUUAUAUUUCAGGUGAAAGCUACAGCAACAAAUGUAGAUGAAGCUGUCAGAGAACUUCCAGAUGCUAAUAUGCGGCCUGAAGACCUGUGGGCUGCAUACUCAAAGCCAGUGUAUCCUCUGCCUCACAAGAAGGAGAGUACGUCCUGGAAGGCAAUACAAAAGAUCCAAGCGAGUGGAGAGACAGUAGGACUUCAUCAUUUCAAGCCAAUAAAACCAUUAGGCUCUGGUGAUACUGGCAGUGUGCAUUUGGUUGAGCUAAAAGGCACAGGUGAGUUGUAUGCCAUGAAGGCAAUGGAGAAAAGCAUGAUGUUGAAUCGUAACAAGGCGCACCGAGCAUGCAUUGAAAGGGAAAUCAUUUCCCUUCUGGAUCAUCCUUUCCUUCCCACUCUAUACACUUCCUUUCAGACAUCUACGCACGUUUGUUUGAUCACAGACUUCUGCCCUGGUGGAGAGUUGUUUGCACUACUUGACAUACAACCUAUGAAGUUUUUGUCAGGAGAAUCAGCAAGGUUCUAUGCAGCAGAGGUCGUUAUCGGAUUAGAAUAUCUUCACUGCUUAGGAAUAGUAUACCGAGACCUGAAGCCUGAAAACAUACUGCUCAAGAAGGAUGGACACAUUGUAUUAGCCGACUUUGAUCUAUCUUUCAUGACGUCCUGCACACCCCAGCUUAUUAUUCCACCUGCACCUAAAAAACGGAGGAGAUCAUCCAAGAGUCAACCAUUACCCACGUUUGUUGCAGAACCAGCCACUCAGUCAAACUCGUUUGUAGGGACUGAAGAAUACAUUGCGCCUGAGAUAAUCACGGGUUCUGGUCAUACGAGUGCUAUUGAUUGGUGGGCACUAGGUAUCUUGUUGUAUGAGAUGCUUUAUGGUCGCACACCUUUCAGGGGUAAGAAUAGACAGAAGACAUUUGCCAACAUCUUGCACAAAGAUCUCACUUUCCCCAGCAGUAUCCCUGUAAGUCUUGUAGGUAGACAACUGAUUAACAUGUUGUUAAACAGAGAUCCGAGCAGUCGGUUAGGAUCCAAAGGAGGGGCCAAUGAGAUAAAGCAGCAUGCCUUCUUCCGCGGGAUCAAUUGGCCUCUCAUACGGGGCAUGGAGCCUCCACCAUUGGAUACACCGUUGCGUAUAACAGAGAAAGAUCCGAAUGCCAAAGAUAUAAAGUGGGAAGAUGAUGGAGUGCUUGUGAAUUCAAUGGACAUUGACAUUGAUCUCUUCUAAACACUCACUCUUUUACUUUAUUCUGCCUCUGAGUCUCAUUUUAAUGCAAAAAAAUAAAAACUCUUGUCAAUAAAGAAAAGGUGUUGUAUUCUAGUUGACAUUGUUAGUCCAUUUGUGAAUGUAAAAAGCAGCGAUUGCAACUUUUUGGUC